AUGGAGAUGUCUGGUGACAUGCCGCCUGAGUUGCUGGAGAACAACGCCGAACAUGCUUAUUUCAUGAAGCAGGCGUUAAUGAUGGGAGAAAAAGCACUUGCAACCGGUGAAACCCCGGUUGGCUGUGUUCUGGUGUAUGACAACAAGAUUGUUGGUUCUGGAAUGAAUGAUACAAACAAAUCUAUGAAUGGUACAAGACAUGCCGAGUUCAUUGCCAUUGGAGAAAUGCUCCAAACUUAUCCUAGGUCAGCACUGCGUUCAACAGACCUCUAUGUAACUGUUGAACCGUGUGUCAUGUGUGCAUCUGCUUUGAGACAAUAUCAGAUACGAAAAGUAUACUUCGGCUGUGGAAAUGACAGGUUCGGGGGAACCGGUAGCAUUCUAUCACUACAUGCCGAUCGCUCGAUAGAUCCACCAUACCCGGUGCAAGGCGGGUUGUUCCAUAAGGAAGCUAUCAUGCUGCUUCGGCGCUUCUACAUACAAGAAAAUGAGAAGGCGCCCAAGCCCCGCCCUAAAAAGCACCGUGAAUUGAAAACGGAUUUUGACCAGGAAGUCCUCAUCGCCUCCCCUACACCCUGA